AUGCCAAUGCCUCUUGCGGAUCUCAUUGAGAUCAGCAGUUCCGAGGAUGAGGCGGUGACUGACGUUUUAGCACAGGGUAAUAAAGGUCUGGUCACGAAUUCUAAGUAUCCCAACUCGCCAAAAGAAUCGCUUUUUCUUCAAGACGACUUCGAUACUACGAUUGAGGUUGACGACAAAUGGGAAGCGGCGCCAGCAAAGAGACGCAGAUUGAGUCCAUUGACCGACCACACAGCGGUGUCUUACGCCUCCAAAGUUACUGCACCCCAUGUCAACGCUCUUGCCAAAGUCAAGUCAAGUGUGGACAUCGUAAACCGCACAAAAUUCACCGGCGACAUUGCUGAGGAUGAUCCAAUUGUAUUCACCUCGUCUAUACAUGGUAGCGGGGCUGGUCUUCUCCUUUCUCAGAAAUCUGCAACAAGAUCUUCGGGAAGUGAUGCCUCGGAUGACGAGUUGCCCAACGACAUAUUCGACGCCGCCAAAAGAUUGCCUCAGCUAUCCAAACGUACUGCAUCACUUCUUGGUUCUUUAUCGAGAGAUAGUGCUCAGAUGGGCUCUCGGAUAAACAAAAAGAGCGGCGUUCACCGAUCAAAAGAUAGCGGGAUGAAGAGAGGCGUAGAGUCAAAGCGGACUGGAUCCAACAACGUCGAUUCAGAAGGUGCACCGAAAUCGAAGCCUUUGAAACUCACGGAGGCUGAGCGGCAGGCCAGAGAGAAAGAAAAGGCAACGCUCAAAGAGGCUAGGGCGCGUGAGCGAGAGUCUGUUAAAGCGCAGAGGUCAGAGGAUAAAGAAAAGGAAAAAGAACACAAGCGAUUAGAGAAACUUGAGAAGGCGAAGGAAAAGCAAAGGGAGACCGAUGUUGCUGAAGCCAAUCGGGUGAAGGUUGACAAGAAAGACACAACGCCCCAAAUGAUCGUCGAUCUUCCCGCUUCUCUCGAUGGCUCUUCGCUAAAUACUCAAGUCAGAGAAUUGCUCAAGAAUGUUGGAGCUGAUGUUGCGUUGUAUCAGGGCGCUACACCGAAUGUUAUAAAGUGGCGACGGAAAGUCACGAGGAAAUGGAAUGAUGAACUUGGGUACUUUCAGCCACUUGCUCAGACUGUGAUUCAGGAUGAGAAACAUAUCCUUUGCCACAUGACAGGCAAAGAGUUUGUAUCACUAGCAGCAACUGAGGCUGGUGACGAUGACCUUGAGACACAUGUUGCUAAAAUGAAAAGCGCACAUCCUGGCUCCAUGCCCAUCUAUUUGAUAGAAGGUCUAAGUAGCACGAUAUCGAAAAGUAAGAAUGCACAACAACGUGCGUGGCAAGCACAGGUUCAUCGGCAAGCUGGUAUAGUGAUCGAAGAUUCCAGCUCCAAAGGCAGAAAACGCAAGCAGGCCGAAACGGAAGUCCUGGACGAAUCUAGGAUAGAAGAUGCUCUGAUGCGCUUGCAAGUCCUCCAUGAAUGUCUGAUUCACCACACGCCUAUCGCAAAGGAAUCUGCGGAGUGGAUCAUGAACUUCACCCAGCACAUCUCCUUGAUCCCGUACAAGCAGCAAAAGAUGAAUCUUGCGACAGGCUUCUGCAUGGAAAACGAUCAAGUCAAAUGCGGCACUGACAAAGAAGACACCUUCCACAAGAUGCUGCAGGAAGUGGUGCGAGUCACACCACCAAUAGCCCGAGGGAUCGCAUAUAAAUAUGCAAGUGUCAUUGCUUUGAUGCAGGGCUUUCGAGACGGUGGUCAAUACGUGCUUGAAGGCUUACCGAAGCGAGCCAUUGACAAGAAUGAAGUGGACGGAAACAUUGGGCCCGCCCUCAGCAAGAGGCUGUACAAAGUCUUCAUGGGGACUGACGAGACGUCCGAUGAUGUGUAA